AUGUCCCACCUACACGCCCAAAUGAGCCCCGCAUUCGAAGAAGGCCACGCGCUGGUCGCCACCCUCCUCGAGAGCCUGAACCCGGCGCACGAAACGGCGCUGAUCCGCAACAUCGAUAGCCUGAACGCCAAAGCCGCGGAAGCGAUGGGCGAGGUUGAGGAGACACUCAGCAAACACCAUGCCCACCUGAUCGCCUCCACCGCUCUCCCCAAACCCACCGCAACAACCGAAACCCACAGCGCGCGGAUGAUCAGCAUGGACCGGGCCAAAUACACCCUCGCCAAGCAGGCGGGCGAGCUAGACAAGACGAUCGAGGGGUUGGAGGCGCAGUUGGCGGAGUUGGAGGGGGAGGUUGAGGGUCUGAGGAGGGAGGAGGAGGACGAGAGGGUUGUGCCGCCCAGUCGGGAGCAGUUGUUGUUGACAAUCUUCCGGGGCCUGGGGAUCGAGAUGCAGAAGGACGCUAUGGGAAAGUUUGUCAAGUGUCAAGUUUGCAAACCAAACAGCGCGGAAAAAGAUAUCUACAUCCAGGAGUUUGCAGACAAGUUCUCGCGAUAUUACUAUGCUAAUGUGCUGUGGGAUGCUUGUUUUUGA